AUGUCCACCACCACCACUACCGCCGCCGCCUCUACCUCCUCCACUUGCAUCUCCUCCUGGAUAAUUCCCUCCAACGAUGUCGCCUGCGCCGGUGCUGUCACCGGAAACAUGACCGAUGUGUUCGACUCCUGCUGCAAGGGCAACAGUCCCGUGAAGUACAACGAUGACUGCAACAUCUACUGCCUUGCCCAGGGCCAGACAAAGAAAGAGCUGUCUGACUGCUUGACCGACAAGAGCAAGAACUACAGCGGUAUCUUCUGCGGUGCUGGAAAGGAUAACUCCACUGCUACUGCAUCGGCCACCACCACCAAGGAAACUGGCAGUGCUACGGGUACCUCCACUGGAAAGGGUAGCUCGACUUCCACCGGUGCUGCGAUCAUCAGCCAGCCUAUCUCUAAGACUGGUCUUGGCCUCGUCGCCAUGCUCUUCUGCUCCGCCGUCGCCGGUGUCCUCGCCUAA